AUGUCUGGAGAAAAGCGCCCUGCCACCGAUGCCUUCGGGUCCUCCCACGAGCUUGUGGUCAAGCGAAACAAGGCCGAUGCCGUUAAUGGAGGAACCGCUCUGGUCAAAGGCUCCGCGCAGAAUGGAGCUCUGAUUCAAUCUGUCCCUCGUACAAGUGGGCUAGAUGCUCCCAUCAUGGAGCUCACAGGUGAGAUGCUAUCGCCAAUCAAUUUCUAUACACGCGCUAACAUUGAGGCUCUACCAGGACAUUCCGGUGAAAUCUUUGCAACUCGGUUUGAUCCCACUGCCCAGCACAUUGCAUCUGGUUCCAUGGACCGUUCAAUUUUACUUUGGAACACAUACGGACAAUGCGAAAACUACGGCCAAUUGAACGGCCACCGAGGCGCCGUGCUGGACCUUCAAUGGUCGCGCGAUUCGCGGGCUUUGUUCUCCGCCUCCGCAGAUAUGACGCUGGGAAGCUGGGACGUUGAAACCGGAGAGCGAGUGCGCCGUCACGUGGGUCACGAAGAGAUUAUCAACUGUCUUGAUAUCAGCAAACGAGGCCAGGAACUGCUGGUCAGUGGUAGUGAUGACGGCUACAUUGGUAUUUGGGACCCUCGGCAGAAGGAUGCUCUGGACUACCUUCAGACUGAGCUCCCCAUCACCGCAGUAGCCUUGUCCGAGGCAGGUAACGAAAUUUACAGCGGCGGUAUUGAUAACACUAUCCACGCGUGGGAUCUUCGCAAGAAGGCCAUUGUCUACUCCAUGACCGGUCACACAGAUACGGUCACAUCUCUACAAAUUUCUCCCGACUCACAAACUCUGUUGUCCAACUCACACGACUCGACCGUUCGCACAUGGGACAUCCGUCCUUUCGCACCGACUAACCGACAAGUGAAAACCUUCGAUGGCGCUCCUGUCGGCCUGGAGAAGAACCUCAUCCGCGCCAGUUGGGAUCCCAAGGGUGAGAAGAUUGCCGCAGGCAGCGGUGAUCGAAGUGUGGUUGUCUGGGAUGCUAAGACUGCGAAAUUGCUGUACAAGCUUCCCGGGCACAAGGGAACUGUCAAUGACGUCCGCUUCUCCCCCAACGAUGAGCCAAUCAUUGUUUCUUGCUCAUCUGAUAGGAACCUGAUGCUUGGAGAGCUGGGCAAGUGA